AUACGAAUGGUCGCUGACCCGCAGACCGAACGUGUCCAUUUGGCGGCCUAGUGAGGCCGAGGCGCCUGUUCGUCGAAGUCCAUACAGCGAAUUGAGGUGCUAGCCAUUGGCUCGAGGAACGGUCAGACCCUAGGCUGGCGGAGCGACGUCGUCAGUUGUCUGGCGGUGAAGUUGACCGUGCCAUAGACGAUGGGUUUGGAGUGUGACGAAACCCACCGUCGAGCGACUCGCCCCUGCAGGUCUGUGAGCUUCGGUGGGUACGUGGAGAACGUAGAAGGUGUCCCUGCAUGGUUUGGUGUUUGGCGGAGAUCAUCCGUUUACCGCUUUUCCACUGGUAUCGGCCCAUCUGUGUCCGCUUGGACGCAAGUUGGGCCAGAUCGAAGGAAACACGUGCGAGGAGCUAAUGCGUUUCGCUUGAACGGCAGCAUGAGCACGCUUCCUUGCGCGCCAAACAACCUACAGCAUCCAUAUCAUGCACUCGCAGUGUUUGACGCCGUUGCUAGUUUUUCCAAACUGCUCGAGCUACGGAGCAUUUAGCGCGUGGUUCCUGCAUUGGCGAGAAGGUGAGGUUGCAGGACGCUUUAGCCGCUCUGAGAGCCGCCUAUGCGCCUCGACCAUUCAACGUCGGUGCCGGUUGGAUACCACUACCGAGAAGCCGAUGGCGCUCACA